AAAAAGUUGAAAACAGGAAGUGUAUGUAAACAAAUACGUGUUGGAUGCUAAACGGGGUUAAGCAGUAUUCUUACACAUUUUUUCUCUUUUUGAUAAUGAAAUGAGAGAAACGGCAGAGAGUUAUAGAUGGGGGACAACCAGCGGGAGGAUGUCGGAGGAGGAAACUCAGACUGGAUGUCCAGUCUCCCGGAGGAGCUCCUGGACGUCCCGCUUUGGAACCUGGCUAUUCCUGGGAGCCAUGACAGCAUGUCCUUCUGCCUGGACAUGUCCUCCCCGGUGCUCAGAUCGGAGCCCUGGCUUCUCCGGAUAACAGACCGACUUUUCCCCUGCUUGACCCGACCCUGUAUUUACCGCUGGUCCACCACACAGCAAUCUGUCCUCUGGCAUCAGUGUGAGCUCGGUAUUCGCUACUUGGACCUGCGGAUCGCCAGGAAGCCAGCAGGGGGCAGCAGUUUGUUCUUCGCCCACGGGAUCUACACGCUGACGUGCGUCAAGGAGGCUCUGGAGGAGCUGGCGUUGUGGCUGGACGCUCAUCCCAAAGAGGUCAUCAUCAUCUCCUGCUCUCACUUUGAGUCUCUGACUGAUGAAGAUCACGUCCAGCUGGUGGACUUCAUCCUCUCGCUCUUCAGCAAGAAGCUCUGUUCAUCACAGGACACUCCCACGUUGCGUUCCUGUUGGUCUGGAGGUCAGCAGGUCAUUCUCUCCUAUGAUGACCUGCAGAUGGAGUGUCAGCACCGUCAGCUGUGGCCAAAGAUUCCUUACUGGUACGCUGACAGCCCAGAUCCAAAGAAAGUGAUCAGAUAUCUGGAGGAGAAGAAACGGAAAGGUAGACCAGGUAGUUUUUACGUCAGCGGUCUGAACCUGACCGAAGACGCUCUCUACAUCCUCCUCCAUCCCCUCCAGAACCUGAGGACGAUGACAAUGGAGGCGCUCUCGCCACUGCUCCGUUGGACCGCAGAGCAGCGCCCCGGCCCAGGAGUGGGCGGAGUCAACAUCAUAGGCUGUGACUUCGUAGGCUUCAGUCGGUUCUGUUCGAUCGUGAUCGGCCUAAACUUCAAGCUGCUGAAAGCUGCAGCCAGGACUUCCUCUGGUUCCCAGUUACCUCCGGGAUGAACUGCUUGAACUGGUUCCCCUGGUUUAGUUGGGAACAUUAGCGCUCACUGUUGCAGAAAAACAUUUGGAAACAUUUGGAGGAUGUUACCAGAAUCUCCACACUUCCAAUUUCCAUCAAUUUUACUGCAAACUGCUGCACUUUUAAACACAUUUCUAAGUAGAAAACUAGUUUUCUAGUUUGAUAAAUCAUCUGUACAUAUGUGUAAAAAAAUUUUAAAUCAGUGUUUUCUUCUGUUAAAUCAAAUAUUUUUGUACAACUGAAUGAACUCAAUACAGUUGGUUGGACUCAAACAAA